UCUUAUUCUAUUUCUACCUGCUGGUCCUUGGAGCUGCAGCCGUUCUCCCUCAAGCCCCUCCUACGCAGAGCCAUGGCUUAUGAGACUGUGGAGCGUUACCGACAGGCCUAUGUGGAUUACAAAACCGUGCUACAGAUAGAUAUCAGGGUGCAGGCUGCACACGACAGUGUCAACAGGUAAACUACUCCACCCUCAUUAGACAGUGUCAACAGGUAAACUACUCCACCCUCAUUAGACAGUGUCAACAGGUAAACUACUCCACCCUCAUUAGACAGUGUCAACAGGUAAACUACUCCACCCUCAUUAGACAGUGUCAACAGGUAAACUACUCCACCCUCAUUAGACAGUGUCAACAGGUAAACUACUCCACCCUCAUUAGACAGUGUCAACAGGUAAACUACUCCACCCUCAUUAGACAGUGUCAACAGGUAAAACUACUCCACCCUCAUUAGACAGUGUCAACAGGUAAACUACUCCACCCUCAUUAGACAGUGUCAACAGGUAAACUACUCCACCCUCAUUAGACAGUGUCAACAGGUAAACUACUUCACCCUCAUUAGACAGUGUCAACAGGUAAACUACUCCACCCUCAUCUUUACCAUCAUUAGGGUUGCAAAAUUCUUUGAACUUUCCCCAAAUUCCCAGGUUUUCCCAGAAAUCCCAGUUGGAGGAUUCCUGGAAUCAGGAUUUGUAGAAUGUGAACAGAAUGUUGCCACCCUACAGUAACAGCCAUGGGAAGUGAGUUGUUUGAAAGGCCCCUUUACUGUAGACUCUAAUUAGCCAGCUCAGACGUCAGUCUUCUGAUUAGCAGCAGGACAGAAUGACCUGCUGUCCUCCAGCUACACUCACACACACGUCCUGAGGAUAGGAGGGAGGAUAACAAGGUCUGUGUGUGUACAGUGGGGAGAACAAGUAUUUGAUACACUGCCGAUUUUGCAGGUUUUCCUACUUACAAAGCAUGUAGAGGUCUGUAAUUUUUAUCAUCGGUACACUUCAACUGUGAGAGACGGAAUCUAAAACAAAAAUCCUAGAAAAUCACAUGGUAUGAUUUUUAAGUAAUUAAUUUCCAUUUUAUUGCAUGACAUAAGUAUUUGAUACAUCAGAAAAGCAGAACUUAAUGUUUGGUACAGAAACCUUUGUUUGCAAUUACAGAGAUCAUACGUUUCCUGUAGGUCUUGACCAGGUUUGCACACACUGCAGCAGGGAUUUUGGCCCACUCCUCCAUACAGACCUUCUCCAGAUCCUUCAGGUUUCGGGGCUGUCGCUGGGCAAUAUGGACUUUCAGCUCCCUCCAAAGAUUUUCUAUUGGGUUCAGGUCUGGAGACUGGCUAGGCCACUCCAGGACCUUGAGAUGCUUCUUACGGAGCCACUCCUUAGUUGCCCUGACUGUGUGUUUCGGGUCGUUGUCAUGCUGGAAGACCCAGCCACGACCCAUCUUCAAUGCUCUUACUGAGGGAAGGAGGUUGUUGGCCAAGAUCUCGCGAUACAUGGCCCCAUCCAUCCUCCCCUCAAUACGGUGCAGUCGUCCUGUCCCCUUUGCAGAAAAGCAUCCCCAAAGAAUGAUGUUUCCACCUCCAUGCUUCACGGUUGGGAUGGUGUUCUUGGGGUUGUACUCAACCUUCUUCUUCCUCCAAACACGGUGAGUGGAGUUUAGACCAAAAAGCUCUAUUUUUGUCUUAUCAGACCACAUGACCUUCUCCCAUUCCUCCUCUGGAUCAGAUGGUCAUUGGCAAACUUCAGACGGGCCUGGACAUGCGCUGGCUUGAGCAGGGGGACCUUGCGUGCGCUGCAGGAUUUUAAUCCAUGACGGCAGAGUGUGUUACUAAUGGUUUUCUUUGAGACUGUGGUCCCAGCUCUCUUCAGGUCAUUGACCAGGUCCUGCCGUGUAGUUCUGGGCUGAUCCCUUACCUUCCUCAUGAUCAUUGAUGCCCCACGAGGUGAGAUCUUGCAUGGAGCCCCAGACCAAGGGUGAUUGACCGUCAUCUUGAACUUCUUCCAUUUUCUAAUAAUUGCGCCAACAGUUGUUGCCUUCUCACCAAGCUGCUUGCCUAUUGUCCUGUAGCCCAACCCAGCCUUGUGCAGGUCUACAAUUUUAUCCCUGAUGUCCUUACACAGUUCUCUGGUCUUGGCCAUUGUGGAGAGGUUGGAGUCUGUUUGAUUGAGUGUGUGGACAGGUGAGAGUUCAAACAGGUGCAGUUAAUACAGGUAAUGAGUGGAGAACAGGAGGGCUUCUUAAAGAAAAACUAACAGGUCUGUGAGAGCUGUAAUUCUUACUGGUUGGUAGGUGAUCAAAUACUUAUGUCAUGCAAUAAAAUGCAAAUUAAUUACUUAAAAAUCGUACCAUGUGAUUUUCUGGAUUUUUGUUUUAGAUUCCGUCUCUCACAGUUGAAGUGUACCUAUGAUAAAAAAUUACAGACCUCUACAUGCUUUGUAAGUAGAAAAACCUGCAAAAUCGGCAGUGUAUCAAAUACUUGUUCUCCCCACUGUACAUGCGUACAUCUCUGUGUGUGUGUGUGUGUAUUUACAUACGUACGUCUGUGUGUGUGUGUGUGUGUGUACAUGCGUACGUCUGUGUGUGUGUGUGCGUGUGUGUGUAUGUACAUGCUACGUCUGUGUGCCUGUGUGUGUACAUGCGUACGUGUGUGUGUGUGUGUGUGUACAUGCGUGUGUGUGUGUGUGUGUACAUGCUACAUCUGUGUGCCUGUGUGUGUGUGUGUACAUGCGUACGUCUGUGUGUGUGUGUGUGUGUACAUGCUACAUCUGUGUGCCUGUGUGUGUGCCUGCGUGCAUUUGUGUGUAUGUGUGUGUGUGUACAUGCGUGUGUGUGUGUGUGUGUGUGUGUACAUGCGUACGUCUGUGUGUGUGAAUGUGCGUCUGUGUGUCUCUGUAUGUCUGGUUCCUCCAGAAUCACGCGGUUGCUGAUAGAGCAGGAUGGAGAGCAGUGGAGAGAGAACCUACCGGAGAUCCCUCUGGUCCCACUAUCAGCUCAGCAGCACCGCAGGGAGGAACCGCCCAGCGCUGAGGUCCUACAGGCCAGAGCAGAGAAGGCCAAGCACCACGCAGGUAGGGGUCUCACUCAGCCUAAUGUACACUCUUAGAAAAAAGGAUUCCAAAAGGGUUCUUUGGCUGUCCCCAUAGGAGAACACUUUUUGGUUCCAGGUAGAACCAUUUUUGGUUCCAGGUAGAACUCUUUUGGGUUCCAUGUAGAACCCUCUGGGGGAAAGGGUUCUACAUGGAACCCAAUAGGGUUCUAUCUGGCACCAAACAGGGUUCUUCAAAGGGUUAUCCUAUGGGGACAGCUGAAGAACUCUUUUAGGUUGUAGAUAGCACCUUUCUUUCUAAGAGUGUAGUAACCCAGAACCUAAUCUGUACGCUGACCAGCUGUUUCAUCUGUCACAAGGGUCUACACUCAGCCUGACUCACAGGAUGAGUCCAUAAUGACCCCCUACUCCCUAUGUUGUUCACUAAUUCUCACCAGAGUCUAUAGCACCCUAUUCCCUAUAUAGUGCACUACCUUUGGCCAGAGCCCAGGGUUAAACGCAGUCCAAUAGGGAAUAGGGUGUUGUUCUAUUGGCCGUGUGCAGCCAGCAUCAUCAUCAUUACUCAACCUCUUUCUGCAAUACCCCAGCCCCUCUCCCCCAGCCCUCUCCCCCAGCCCCUCUCCCCCCCCAGCCCUCUCCCCCACCCCUCUUCACCCCAGCCCUCUCCCCCAGCCCCUCUCCCAGCCCCCUCUCCCCCAUCCCUCUCCCAGCCCCUCUCCCCCCAGCCCUCUCCCCCCAGCCCCUCUCCCCCCAGCCCUCUCCCCCAGCCCCUCUCCCCCAGCCCUCUCCCCCAGCCCCUUCUCCCCAGCCCUCUCCCCCAGCCCCUCUCCCCCAGCCCCCCCCCCCAGCCCCUCUCCCCCCAGCCCCUCUCCCCCAGCCCCUCUCCCCAGCCCCUCUCCCCCAGCCCUCUCCCCCAGCCCUCCCCCCAUCCCCUCUCCCCCAGCCCCUCUCCCCCAGCCCUCUCCCUCCUCCCCCAGCCCUCUCCCCCAGCCCUCUCCCCAGCCCUAUCCCCCAGCCCCUCUCCCCCCGGCCCUAUACCCCCAGUCCCUAUAAACUAAGCCCUAUACCCCAGCCCCCUCGCCCUAUGUCCCAGCCCCUCUCCCCCCAGCCCUAUUCCCCAGCCCUAUACCCUAUUCCCCAGCCCUAUACCCUAGCCAUAUACCUCAGCCCUCUCCCCCAGCCCUUCUCCCCCAGCCCUAUACCCUAGUCCUAUACCCCAGCCCUUUAGCCCUCUCCCCCCUAGCCUUAUACCCUAGCCCUAUUCCCCAGCCCCUCUCCCCCCGGCCCUAUACCCCAGCCCUAUAAACUAGCCCUAUAAACUAGCCCUAUAGCCCAGCCCCUCUCCCCCUAGCCCUAUACCCCAGCCCUAUAAACUAGCCCUAUAAACUAGCCCUAUAGCCCAGCCCCUCUCCCCCUAGCCCUAUACCCCAGCCCUAUAAACUAGCCCUAUAGCCUAGCCCUAUAUCCCAGCCCUAUUCCCCAGCCCUAUACCCCAUCCACCAGCCCUAUACCCUAGCCAUAUACCCUAGCCAUAUACCCCAGCCCUAUACCCCAGCCCUUCUCUCCCUAGCCCUAUACCCCAGCCUUAUACCCCAAAACCCUAUACCCCAGCACUAUACCCCUACCCCAGCCCUCAGCCCCAGCCCCAGCCUCAGGGCCAUGCUGCAGCCAACCAUCAUUUAUUUUUUAAACUCUGAUUAAUGGAAGAACGGAGCUGGCAGAUUUUUCCCAGAACACCCCAGUGGUUUAUCUGUCCGUGAUCACAUGAAUGACAGCUGAUUUGACUUUCACUUCCUAGUUACCAAUGACAAUGAUAAUGUGUUGUAUUUCCCCCUGGAUUUUAAGGACAAAAUUACCGCACUCACUUAUUUUUGUGAGAUACGAUUCUUACAAAAAUAUAAUUUUUGGGCAAGUUACUCAGUGUGAUGUUACACAUUUACUCAACCAACAUCGUUUCUUCAAUUUGUCUGCAGCUAGAAAAGCAGAAGUGUGUUUCAAUUCACUGAAACAAGAAGGAAAUGAGUUUGUGAAGAAAGGCCAGUUCCAGGAGGGUGUAAGGACGUACAGUGAAUGCCUGAAGCUGAAGCCAGAGGAAUGUGCCAUCUACACCAACAGGUAAGGACCUGGCCGUGUCUACUUCACCCUAACAUGGACAGUAAUGGACAGUGCCUUCAGAAAGUAUUCAGACCCCUUGACUUUUUCCACAUUUUGUUACGUUACAGCCUUAUUCUAAAAUGGAUUAAACUGUGUGUUUUUUUCUUCAAUCUCCACACAAUACCCCAUGAUGACAAAGCAAAAACAGGUUUUUAGACAUUUUAAAAACGGAAAUAUCACAUUUACAUAAGUAUUCAGACCCUUUACUCAGUACUUUGUUGAAGCACCUUUGGCAGCGAUUACAGCCUUGAGUCUUCUUGGGUAUGACGCUACAAGCUUGGCACACCUGUACUUGGGGAGUUUCUCCCAUUCUUCUCUGCAGAUCCUCUCAAGCUCUGUCAGGUUGGAUGGGGAGCGUCGCUGCACAGCUAUUUUCAGGUCUCUCCAGAGAUGUUUGAUCGGGUUCAAGUCCGGGCUCUGGCCGGGCCACUCAAGGACAUUCAGAGUCUUGUCCUGAAGCCACUCCUGCAUUGUCUUGGCUGUGUGCUUAGGGUCGUUGUCCUGUUGGAAGGUGAACCUUCCCCAGGUACUGAUGGGUCAUGGCGAUCGAGCCUUUGAAUUUUUUUAUCUUUGCUGUUGAACAAGUGAAAAGAGGCUGAGCUUCCACACUGUAGUUAACCGUGAGCCUGUCCACUCAGCAUGUCACAUUAGACAAAGGGGUAUCUGUGGUCUGAGGGGCCUUUUCAUCACGAGGUGUGAUUUCAAAUCACCUUGCUCAUAUGGUUUGAUGUUCUAACCCCUGAGGCCUGAAUGUUCUCCCAGCAGUUCCGAGGUUCAACCCCAGUCUGCUCUGCCAAGCCAGUCUGUCACCCCAGCCAGCUUCCCCCCAGCCAGUUGCCGACCCAGCCAGUCGUGUUCCAACUCUCCAUUGAUCAACGAGCCAGUUUUGGGCCUCAACCAAGCAUUGUUUACCCCCCAGUCUGUCUACCCAAUCCAGUCGCUCUACCGCAUCAUUGACUCUAACUGUUUUCUGCACAUGUACUGCUUAGACGGGUUGCCUCUAACCCAGCCAUCUUUUACCAGCCAGUCGUUAAAGCAGCUCAAAUCCAGAGCAGUGCCCAGCCAAUCGCUCUAGCAAAGUUGCCUAAACCCGUAUGUAAAAAUUCAGUCUCUUUUUAAAAGCAGUCUCUCUAACCAACGUUGUUUUAGCAGGGUUUGUUAACUCCAGCAGUUUGCUUUAAUCUAUUUGAUAGCCGUAUGUCUAACCAGCAGUCUGAUUAGCCCAGCAGUUGUCUAACCAGAAAGGCCUGGUCUCCCCACUCCCCAGUAAAUUGUCUAACCCAACCAGGCAUACGUGUGUGUCGAGGGGCGUUUUCAUACCAGAGUGUGAUUCAAAUCACCAGCAUCUGUGAUGUUCUAACCCCAGCCUGCUAUGGACCGUCGAUGUCUGCUCCAACCCCAGCAGUCAUGUCUAACCCCAGCCGUCUGCUCUAGCCCAGCCAGUCUGCUCUAACCCCAGCAGUCUGCUCAACCCCGCCAGUCUGCUCUACCCCCAGUCUGCUCUAGCCCCAGAGUUCGCUCUACCCCAGCCAGUCUGCUCUACCCACCAGUCUGCUCUAACCCCAGCCAGUCUGCUCUACCCAGUCUGCUCUAACCCGCCAGUCUGCUCUAACCCCAGUCAGUCUCCGUCUACCACCAGCCAGUCUGCUCUAACCCCAGCCAGUCUGCUCUACCCCAGCCAGUUGCUCUAACCCCAGCCAGUCUGCUCUACCCCAGCAGUCUGCUCUAACCCAGGCCAGUCUGCUCUAACCCCAGUCAGUCUAGCACAGUGUAGCUCUCAGUCAGUCCUCUACCCCAGCCAGUCUGCUCUACCCCAGCCAGUCUGCUUUUAACCCAGUCUGCUCUAACCCCAGCCAGUUGCUCUAACCUCACAGUCUGCUCUAGCCCCAGUCAGUCUCUCUACCCCAGCCAGUCUGCUCUAACUCCAGCAUGCUCUAACCCCAGCCAGUCUGCUCUAAGCCCCAGCCAGUCUGCUCUAACCAGCCAGUCUGCUCUAACCCCACCAGUCUGCUCUAACCCCAGCCAGUCUGCUCAACACCCAGCCAGUCUGCUCUAACCCCAGCCAGUCUGCUCAGCCCCAGCCAGUCUGCUCAACCCCAGCCAGUCUAAUCUAACCCCAGCCAGUCUGCUCAACUCCAGCCAGUCUGCUUAAACCACCAGUCUGCUCUAACCCCAGCCAGUCUGCUCUAACUCCAGCCAGUCUGCUCUAAGCCCCAGCCAGUCUGCUCUAACCCACAGUCUGCUCAAACCCCAGUCGCUUAACCAGUCUGCUCUAAACUCCAGUCUGCUCUAACCCCAGCCAGUCUGCUCUAACCCCAGUCUGCUCUAACCCCAGCCAGUCUGCUCUAACCCCAGUCUGCUCUAACCCCAGCCAGUCUGCUCUAACCCAGCCAGUCUGCUCUAACCCAGCAGUUGCUCUAACUCCAGCCAGUCUGCUCUAACCACCAGUCUGCUCUAGCCCCAGUCAGUUGCUCUAACCCCAGCCAGUAUGCUCUAACCCAGCCGUCUGCUACCAGCUGCUUAACCCAGCCAGUCUGCUCUAACCCGGGUUCUUGCCACUUCUAACCCCAGCCAGUCUGCUCUAACUCCAGUCUGCUCUAACUCCAAAGUCUGCUCUAACCCCAGCCAGUCGCUCUAAACUCCAGUCUGCUCUAACCCCAGUCUGCUCUAAGCCCAGCCAGUCUGCUCUAACCCAGGUCUGCUCUAACCCCAGCCAGUCUGCUCUAGCCCCAGCCAGUCUGCUCUAACCCCAAAGCCAGUCUGUCUACCCAGCCAGUCUGCUAACCUCCAGCCAGUCUGCUCUAACUCCCACACCCAGCCAGUCUGCUCUAACCCAGCCAGUCUGCUCUAACCCAGCCAGUCUGCUCAACUCCAGCCAGUCUGCUCUAACCCAUCCAGUCUGCUCUAACCUCCAGUCUGCUCUAACUCCACCAGUCUGCUCUAAACUCCAGUCUGCUCUAGCCCCAGCCAGUCUGCUCUAACCGUCUGCCUCCAGCCAGUCUGCUCUAACAACCCAGCCAGUCUGCUCUAACUCCCAGUCUGCUCUAAACCCAGCCAGUCUGCUCUAACUCCAGUCUGCUCUAACUCCAGUCUGCUCUAACCUCCAGUCUGCUCUACUCCAGUCGCUUCUAACCCCAGCCAGUCUGCUCUAAGCCCAGCCAGUCUGCUCUAGCCCAGCCAAAAGUUGCUCUAACCCCAGCCAGUUGCUCUAACGCCAGUCUGCUCUAACUCCAGUUUUGCUCUAACCCAGCCAGUCUGCUCUAGCCCCAGCCCAAGUCUGCUCUAGCCCCAGCCGUCUGCUCUAUGCUGCUCAACCCAGCCAGUCUGCUCUAGCCCCAGCCAGUCUGCUCUAACCCGCAGUCUGCUCAAAGAGCCCUCUAGCCAGUUUUAGCUCUACCCCAGGUCUGCUCUAGCCCCGCCGUCUGCUCUAACCCCAGCCAGUCUGCUCUAACUCCAGUCUGCUCUAACUCCAGCCAGUCUGCUCUAACUCCAGCCAGUCUGCUCUAACUCCAGUCAGUCUGCUCUAGACCCAGCCAGUCUGCUCUAGCCCCAGCCAGUCUGCUCUAACCCCAGUCAGUCUGCUCUAACUCCAGUCUGCUCUAACUCCCAGUCUCUCUAACCCUAGCCAGUCUGCUCUAACCCCAGCCCAAGUCUGCUCUAACUCCCAGUCUGCUCUAACUCCAGCCAGUCUGCUCUAAGCCCCAGCCAUCUUGCUCUAACUCCCAGCCAGUUGCUCUAGACCCCAGCCAGUCUGCUCUAACCCCAGCCAGUCUGCUCUAACCCCAGCCACCAGUCUGCUCUAACCCCAGCCAGUCUGCUCUAGCCCCACGCCCAGUCUGCUCUAGCCCCAGCCAGUCUGCUCUAACCCCAGUCCAGUCUGCUCUAACCCCAGCCAGUCUGCUCUAACCCAGUCUGUCUAGCCCAGUCUGCUCUAACCCCACCAGCCCAGUCUGCUCUAACCCCAGCCAGUCUGCUCUAACCCCAGCCAGUCUGCUCUAACCCCAGCCAGUCUGCUCUAACCCCAGCCAGUCUGCUCUAGCCCAGCCAGUCUGCUCUAACCCCAGCAGUCUGCUCUAACUCCAGCAGUCUGCUACUAACUCCACCAGUCUGCUCUAACUCCAGUCUGCUCUAACCCCAGCCAGUCUGCUCUAACUCCAGCCAGUCUGCUCUAACUCCAGCCAGUCUGCUCUAACCCCAGCCAGUCUGCUCUAACUCCAGCCAGUCUGCUCUAACUCCAGCCAGUCUGCUCUAACCCCAGUCUGCUCUAACCUAGCCAGUCUGCUCUACCCCACCAGUCUGCUUACCCAGCCAGUCUGCUCUAACCCCAGCCAGUCUGCUCUAACUCCAGUCUGCUCUAACUCCAGCCAGUCUGCUCUAACCCCAGCCAGUCUGCUCUAACUCCAGCCAGUCUGCUCUAGCCCCAGCCAGUCUGCUCUAACCCCAGCCAGUCUGCUCUAACCCAGCCAGUCUGCUCUAACUCCAGUCUGCUCUAGCCCCAGCCAGUCUGCUCUAACCCCAGCCAGUCUGCUCUAACUCCAGCAGUCUGCUCUAACUCCGUCUGUCACCAGCCAGUCUGCUCUACUCCAGCCAGUCUGCUCUAACUCCAGCAGUCUGCUCUAACCCAGCCAGUCUGCUCUAGCCCCAGUCUGCUCUAACCCCAGCCAGUCUGCUCUAGCCCCAGUCUGCUCUAACCCCAGCCAGUCUGCUCUAACUCCAGUCUGCUCUAACCCCAGCCAGUCUGCUCUAACUCCAGCCAGUCUGCUCUAACCCAGCCAGUCUGCUCUAACCCCAGCCAGUCUGCUCUAACUCCAGUCUGCUCUAACUCCAGCCAGUCUGCUCUAACCCCAGCCAGUCUGCUCUAACUCCAGCCAGUCUGCUCUAACCCAGCCAGUCUGCUCUAACUCCAGUCUGCUCUAGCCCCAGCCAGUCUGCUCUAACCCCAGCCAGUCUGCUCUAACCCCAGCCAGUCUGCUCUAACUCCAGCCAGUCUGCUCUAACUCCAGUCUGCUCUAACCCCAGCCAGUCUGCUCUAGCCCAGUCUGCUCUAACCCCAGCCAGUCUGCUCUAACCAGUUGCUCUACCAGCCAGUCUGCUCUAACUCCAGUCUGCUCUAACCCCAGCCAGUCUGCUCUAUCCACAAGUCGCUCUAACCCCAGCUCUCUGCUCUAACCCCAGCCAGUCUGCUCUAACUCCAGUCUGCUCUACCCCAGCCCAGUCUGCUCUAAGCCCAGCCAGUCUGCUCUAACCCAGCCAGUCUGCUCUAACCCCCAGUCUGCUCUAACUCCUUGCUCUAGCCAGCAGUCUGCUCUAACUCCAGUCUUGCAUCUAACCCCAGCCAGUCUGCUCUAACCCCAGCCAGUCUGCUCUAAUCAAGUUGUUAGCCCCGCCAGUUGCUACCCAGCCAUCUGCUCUAACUCCAGUCUGCUCUAGACCCCAGCCAGUCUGCUCUAACCCCAGCCAGUCUGCUCUAACCCCAGCCAGUCUGCUCUAACCCCAGCCAGUCUGCUCUAACUCCAGUCUGCUCUAGCCCCAGCCAGUCUGCUCUAACCCCAGCCAGUCUCCUCUAACCCCAGCAGUUGCUCUACCCCAGUCUGCUCUAACCCCAGCCAGUCUGCUCUAAUCCAAUCGUCUACCCAGCCAGUCUGCUCUAACCCCAGCCAGUCUGCUCUAACCCCAGCCAGUCUGCUUAACUCCAGUCUGCUAGCCCCAGCCAGUCUGCUCUAACCCCAGCCAGUCUGCUCUAACCCCAGUCGCUUCCCAGUCUGCUCUAACUCCAGUCUGCUCUAACCCCAGCCAGUCUGCUCUAACCCAGCCAGUCUGCUCUUAACCCCAGCCAGUCUGCUCUAACCCCAGCCAGUCUUGCUCUAACCCAGCCAGUCUGCUCUAACCCCAGCCAGUCUGCUCUAACCCCAGCCAGUCUGCUCUAACCCCAGCCAGUCUGCUCUAACUCCAGUCUGCUCUAACCCCAGCCAGUCUGCUCUAACUCCAGUCUGCUCUAACCCCAGCCAGUCUGCUCUAACCCAGCCAGUCUGCUCUAACCCCAGCCAGUCUGCUCUAACCCCAGUCUGCUCUAACCCCAGCCAGUCUGCUCUAACCCCAGCCAGUCUGCUCUAACCCAACCAGUCUGCUCUAACCCAGCCAGUCUGCUCUAACCAGUUGCUCUACCAAGCCAGUCUGCUCUAACCCCAGUCUGCUCUAACCCCAGCCAGUCUGCUCUAACUCCAGCCAGUCUGCUCUAACCCCAGCCAGUCUGCUCUAACCCCAGCCAGUCUGCUCUAACCCCAGCCAGUCUGCUCUAACCCCAGCCAGUCUGCUCUAACCCUUGCUCUAAGCCAGUCUGCUCUAACCCCAGCCAGUCUGCUCUAACCCCAUGCUCAACCAGUCUGCUUAACUCCCAGUCUGCUCUAGCCCCAGCCAGUCUGCUCUAAACCCCAGCCAGUCUGCUCUAACCCCAGCCAGUCUGCUCUAAACCCCAGCCAGUCUGCUCUAAACCCCCAUCUGCUCUAACCCCAGCCAGUCUGCUCUAACCCAGCCAGUCUGCUCUAACCAGUCUGCUCUACCCCAGCCAGUCUGCUCUAACCCCAGCAGUCUGCUCUAGCCCCAGCCAGUCUGCUCUAACCCCAGCCAGUCUGCUCUACCCCAGCCAGUCUGCUCUAACCCCAGCCAGUCUGCUCUAACCCCCGUCUGCCUAACCCCAGCAGUCUGCUCUAGCCCACCAGCCAGUCUGCUCUAACCCAGCCAGUCUGCUCUACCCCAGCCAGUCUGCUCUAACCCAAGCCAGUCUGCUCUAAACCCCAGCCAGUCUGCUCUAACCCCAGCAUCUGCUCUAACAUACCAGUCUGCUCUAACCCCAGCCAGUCUGCUCUAACCCCAGCCAGUCUGCUCUAACCCCAGCCAGUCUGCUCUAAACCCAGUCUGCUCUAAACCCAGCCAAGCCAGUCUGCUCUAACCCCAGCCAGUCUGCUCUAACCCAGCCAGUUGCUCUACAGUCUGCUCUAACCCCAGUCUGCCAACCCAGUCUGCUCUACCCCAGCCAGUUGCUCUAAACCACAGCCAGUCUGCUCUAACCCCAGCCAGUCUGCUCUAACUCCAGAUCUGCUCUAACCCAGCCAGUCUGCUCUAACUAACCUCACCAGUCUGCUCUAACAUUCAACCCAGUCUGCUCUAACCCCAGCCAGUCUGCUCUAACUCAGCCAGUCUGCUCUAACUCCAGUCUGCUCUAACUCCAGCCAGUCUGCUCUAACCCCAGCCAGUCUGCUCUAACUCCAGUCUGCUCUAACCCAGCCAGUCUGCUCUAACCCAGCCAGUCUGCUCUAACUCCAGCCAGUCUGCUCUAACCCCAGCCAGUCUGCUCUAACCCAGCCAGUCAUGCUCUAACCUCCAGGUUGCUCUAAACCCAGCCAGUCUGCUCUAACUCCAGCCAGUCUGCUCUAACUCCAGCCAGUCUGCUCUAACUCCAGUCUGCUCUAACUCCAGCCAGUCUGCUCUAACCCCAGCCAGUCUGCUCUAACUCCAGUCUGCUCUAGCCCCAGCCAGUCUGCUCUAACCCCAGCCAGUCUGCUCUAACCCCAGCCAGUCUGCUCUAACCCCAGCCAGUCUGCUCUAACUCCAGUCUGCUCUAACUCCAGUCUGCUCUAACUCCAGUCUGCUCUAACUCCAGUCUGCUCUAACCCCAGCCAGUCUGCUCUAACCCCAGCAGUCUGCUCUAAACCCCAGCCAGUCUGCUCUAACCCCAGCCAGUCUGCUCUAACCCCAGUCAGGUCUGCUCUAAACCCCCAAGCCAGUCUGAAUCAUAACCCCAGCCAGUCUGCUCAACCCCAGCCAGUUCUGCUCUAACCCCAGCCAGUCUGCUCUAACCCCAGCCAGUCUGACCUCUAGACCCCAGCCAGUCCACUGCCUCUAACCCCAGCCAGUCUCUGCUCUAACCCACAGGCAGUCUGCCUUCAACUUCCAGCCAGUCUGCUCUAGGCCCGCAAGCCAGAUCUGCUCUAACCCCAGCCCAGUCUGCUCUAAACCCCCAGCCAGUCUGCUCUAACCCCAGUCUGCUCUAGCCCCAGUCUGCUCUAACCCCAGUCAGUUCUGCUCUAACCCCAGUCUGCUCUACUACCCCCAGGUCAGUCUGCUCUAAUCCCAGCCAGUCUGCUCAUAACGCCAGUCUGCUCUAGCCCCAGCCAGUCUGCUCUAGCCCCAGGCCAGUUGCUCUAACCCCAGCCAGUCUGCUCUAACCCCAGCCAGUCUGCUCUAACCCCAGUCUGCUCUAGCCCCAGUCUGCUCUAACCCCAGUCAGUCUGCUCUAACCCCAGUCUGCUCUAACCCCAGUCAGUCUGCUCUAACCCCAGCCAGUCUGCUCUAGCCCCAGUCUGCUCUAACCCCCAGACCAGUCUGCUCUAACCCCAGUCAGUCGUCAUGAGUCAGUAAUUCAGUCAGAUAAUGAGGUGUAUUGUUUCUGUAGUGUGGAAAUAGAAACAGCAGUCUCUCUCUCUCUCUCUCUCUCUCUCUCUCUCUCGCUCUCUCCCCCUCUGUCUCUCUCUCUCUCUCUCCCCCUCUGUCUCUCUCUCUCUCUCUCUCUCUCUCUCUCUCUCUCUCGAAGAGCCUAAUUAUAGACACACUGUGUAGCACAGAACAGGGUAGAGUAGCGGAUGUUGUCCUAGAAAGACAUGCAGCAGCUGUCCUGGGAUGGGAAACCUGGGUCCUAUUCAUUAGGCACCGAAUGGAAGAAACAGGGAAGGACUACCUCAACUUGUCUAAUAAGAAACGCUUUCUGUUGCAAAAAUGUUUUGCUACGGUGUGCACUAAUGAAUAUGACCCUGUUCUAUUUCUCCCCUCCCCUCCCCUCAACAAUAGCAGGUAGAGUAGUGUUGACAGUGUUGACAGUGUUGACAGAGUGUACUGUACCGUAGAGAGGAAGGGGCUGUCCACACUGACAUGUCUCACUGCUCCCUACCUUUGUGUUCAUGUCCUGUUCUGCAUAAAGACCUGUGUGUGGACACGCAGUCACAGAACACCACAUCACUGUGGACAACUAAAGACCAGCCUUACAAACACACACAUGGUCUUAGGGAGUGUUGAUUAUGACAGAGAAAUUACAGGGUUAUCAAUAUUAAAACACUGCAGUUGUCUUGGUGCAAUGAUGUCUGUGGUGACAGAAGAUACAAGAGAGGCUGAUUGUAUGAGCUGUGUUUGGCAAUGUUGAAGGACAGUGUUCUGUUCUCCUCCAGAACCAUAGAGAUGCACUAUAAUACUGUUGUUGUAUUACAUUCUGUCCUCAGAGCACUGUGCUUCCUGAAGCUGGAUAUGUUUGCUGAAGCCAAGCAGGACUGUGACUCCGCCCUGAGGCUGGAGCCAGCCAAUAAGAAGGCCUUCUACAGGCGGGCCCUGGCCCAUAAAGGCCUGAAGGUGAGGGACAGGGUUCAGGGAUUCACAGGACUAGUUAGUGGGUUUGGCCGCUAAUCUCGGUUGACUACUUUGUAGACAGGCAUUAAAACGGGUGACUACCUGAUCUCUUCCUCUGUGUAUGUGUGUGCCCGUCCGUGUGUGUGUGUGUGUGACUGUGUGUGCGUGUGUGUGUGUGUGUGUGUGUGUGUGCAUGCGUAUAUGUGUGUGUGUGUGUGUGUGUGUGUGCGUAUAUGUGUGUGUGUGUGUGUGUGUGUGUGCGUGCGUAUAUGUGUGUUAGUGUGUGUGUGUGUGUGCGUGCGUAUAUGUGUGUGUGUGUGUGUAUAUGUAUGUGUGUGUGUGUGACUGUGCCCCCGUCUCCAGGACUACCUGGCGUGCAGCUCUGACCUGCAGGAGGUGUUACAGCAGGAUCCCAACGUAGCGGAGGCUGAGGAGGAGCUGGAGGAGGUGUUACAGCAGGAUCCCAACGUAGCGGAGGCUGAGGAGGAGCUGGAGGAGGUGUUACAGCAGGAUCCCAACGUAGCGGAGGCUGAGGAGGAGCUGGAGGAGGUGUUACAGCAGGAUCCCAACGUAGCGGAGGCUGAGGAGGAGCUGGAGGAGGUGUUACAGCAGGAUCCCAACGUAGCGGAGGCUGAGGAGGAGCUGGAGGAGGUGUUACAGCAGGAUCCCAACGUAGCGGAGGCUGAGGAGGAGCUGGAGGAGGUCACGCUGCUGCUCAGACAGAGUCUGGCCCAGGGAUCACCUAGCAACCCCAGGAGGACUGGACCUAUCACUGAGGUACACUACCAAACCCAUCACUGGAGGAGGACUCUACAGGAUGUAGAUACAACAAAGACCAAGUAGAAAACACAAUGAAAGUGUAGUCAGAAAAAAAUAUAUAUGAGAAAGAAAUGUAAUUAUGGUAAGGACAUAGCUAAUGUAAUUAGGGGCCACAAAGUGAUGUCUAGAUGGUCACAAGCGGUCUACCUGUCCUCCGUCAGGUUGAGGGUACUGAGGAGGAAGACUGGCAGGCUGCAGAGCCAGACAGGACCAAAGCAGCAGAAACAGAGACAGAAGAACCAUCAACCCCAGCCCCACCAGAGAACCACUGCAGAGGAGGAGGAGGAGGAGGAGGAGGAGGAGGAAGAGGAGAGGAGGAGGCAAGAACCAUCAACCCCAGCCCCACCAGAGAACCACUGCAGAGGAGGAGGAGGAGGAAGAGGAGGAGGAAGAGGAGAGGAGGAGGCAAUAACCAUCAAUCUCCAGCCCUCUAACUCCUAUGAGUUCAAGCAGUCCCUGAACGCAGCGCGGGCCCAGUCCAACCUCCCAGCCUGUGCUGAGCUGCAGAGCUGUGUUCCCCCUGAGACUCUGCCUGUCUACCUCAGUAACCAGCCAUGCAGGCCCUGGACACACAGCUCCUACAGAAGGACCCCAACUUAG